GCGGGAGCAGCCAAACAGAGCCUGAAGCAACCUCGCGUUGCCAUAUUUACCCUCACAACAAUCACAAAUUACAAAUACUUUGCAUUCAUUCACCCUUCUUCUUCAUCCCCUCAACUCGAUCUACGCCGACAUAGAUGAUCGAUCACUGAUAACUUCGUCCUCCCUCACCUUGCGCAGUGUUGAUGUCGUUGUUGCGUUUCUAGGAAGAAGAAGACGACGACGAAACGCUGCGUUUCGAGAAACGAUGAGGUCUUCUUCUUCGGACAGGAACAGGAUCAACAUCGCUGCCAGUGCUCAGAAAGUCGAUGUCGAUAACCGAAUCUCUCUCCGAUUCUACUACCGCAUCGCCGAUAACAUCCUCCGACAGGCCGAUAUCUUUCGUGCAGAGAAGAAUAUUAUUGACCUAUAUGUCAUGCUUUUAAGAUUUUCUAGUUUGGUGUCGGAGACAAUACCACGUCACCGAGACUAUAGAUCAUCUCCACCAAGGCAGAAAGAAUCAUUGAAAAAGAAAUUGUUAAUUUCUUUGAAUGAACUGGAGAACUUGAAACCAGUGGUCCAACAGAAGAUCAAUGAGCUUAACAGCAAACUUGCAUACCAACAAAAUGGACAGGGAAAAUUUAGUUCAAAUAAUUCACUGGAUUUUUCUCCCGUGAAAAAGCAAACUUCGGCUAGUUAUGGCCUAAUAAAGGCUGUCAGGCCUACUGCUGGGGAGUUUGUUUACCAAGGAUCAAGGAGCCAACCUUUCUCUUAUGUCAGGCCUGUGGAAGAGCAUGCACGAAGACUAUCUCUAACUCUUCCACCUCCAAAGGAAGAAACUCUCUCUAGACAUUCUAUCCUUGGUCCCAACGGGCUAAAAGGGCAGUGGAGACCACCUAUCAUUGAUAAAGGGAUCAAGUAUCCAAGCAACAUAGAUCUGUCUCCUGUUGAAUUACCAAGCCUACAACAUUCCUUGGAAGAUGAAUCUCUGAAAAAGAAGGAUAACAGCAUUGCAGAACACCAUAAAUCAGAGUUAGAUUCAAUUCUAACCCAAAGUGAGGACUGCCAGCCCCAUCCCCAACCUCAGCCUCAGCAUGAUCAGGAGCCUCCUUCUCUUAUUUCUUUUGAGACAACUGAAACCUCUGCUCAAAUAGAAGUUAUCAGACAACCUUCUCCUCCACCCGUACUUGCUGAAGUACAAGAUUUGGUCCCUGCAGUGUCACCUUGUGUUAAUGAGGCAGGAUGUAAGACAGAGAUUCCAUCAUCAGAUAGUUCUGUUCAUGUCGAGGCUCCAAUGCAAUUGCACAUUUCAACUGCUUUAAUGGAGAGUUUUAUGAAGCUUGCCAAGUCAAAUACAAAAAAAAAUUUAGAGACUUGUGGUGUCCUUGCUGGUUUGCUUAAAAACAGAAAAUUUUAUAUUACUGCCCUUAUAAUCCCAAAGCAGGAGUCAACAUCAGAUUCUUGUCAGACUACAAAUGAAGAGGAAAUAUUUGAAGUGCAAGAUAAACGGUCUCUUUUUCCCCUUGGGUGGAUCCAUACACAUCCUACACAAUCUUGUUUUAUGUCAUCAAUUGAUCUGCACACCCAUUACUCCUAUCAGAUUAUGCUGCCAGAAUCUGUUGCAAUAGUUAUGGCGCCAAGAGAUAGUUCGAGAAACCAUGGCAUUUUUCGGUUGACAGCCCCUGGUGGAAUGUCUGUGAUUAAACAAUGUGAUCAACGUGGCUUUCAUCCACAUAGUCAGCCUCCAGAUGGUGGUCCGAUUUACAAGACAUGUACAGAUGUAUACAUGAACCCAGAUUUAAAAUUUGAGGUAAUUGAUCUUCGAUGAUAAGAGUUAUGCUCUCUGUCAUUGUUUAUAGACCAAGCUUUUCUCCUAUAUAGGUUUUACUUUUACCAUUAAUUCAGCCGUGGCCAUAAAGAAUGGCCCGGCUGUGUUUGUAAAAAGAAAUCUUGCUGGUUAGCUGUUUCUUUUUUGGGUUACACUGAUUUGAGCUUUUAACCGCUGUGCUGCAUGCAUGGUCAUUUGUAUUAAUAUCAAACUGUUUUACCCAUUGGUGUAUAUCAAACUUGUGAAGAUCUAACCGGUUUUUGGUGAUUCUGUUUU